UUACACUGUGCUGCUCACUCACACACCAUCAAAUUCACGCUCUCUCAGUCUACUCAAACAGUGAUCAGCAGACACUGAUCGCGAGUCGAAGAUCAUGUUCGUAGUGAAGUGCGAAAUGAAAGGACGUACAGGUCCAACAACGUGUUGUUCAAAAAGUGUUAAAGAAAUGUGUUUUUCAUCAACAUCAAAAAUCGCAUAACAAAAAAGUGCAUCAAGCCGAUCUUGUGUUGACUGCCCAUGCGCAAAAUCCACCAUGGCUUCGGUGAAGGUGGCCGUUAGGGUCCGGCCCUUUAACAAAAGGGAAUUGGCAAUGAAUGCCAAGAUGAUAGUGCAAAUGGAUGGAAAGAGGACUAGAAUUUUCAACACAAAGACUCCAGGAAGCUGCAGAGAUAUCGACCGAGAGAAAUAUAAGGACUUUACUUUUGAUCACAGUUAUUGGUCCUACGAUGACAGCGAUGAUAACUAUGCUUCUCAGGAAGAGGUCUACUAUGAUCUUGGUUUGGAAGUCAUAGAAAGUGCCUUCGAGGGUUACAAUGCCUGCGUUUUCGCCUAUGGACAGACUGGAUCCGGAAAAACGUUCACUAUGAUGGGCACUCCGGAAGCCCAAGGACUGAUACCACGAAUCUGCAAGACACUUUUCGCACGAAUGGCAGCUGGAAAAGAAACCGGCACUUCCUAUCGGACCGAAGUUUCAUUUCUAGAAAUACACAACGAGAGAGUGAAAGACUUACUCAGACCUGAUCAGUAUCAGUCUCAUUCUCUUAGAGUUAGAGAACAUCCAAAGAAAGGUCCAUACGUGCAAGACCUGUCGAGUCAUCUUGUUUAUGAUUAUUCCGAUAUUCAGGAAUGCAUGGUCAGAGGUAAUACGCAUAGAACGACUGCUAGCACAAAUAUGAACGACGUCAGCAGUCGAAGUCAUGCAAUAUUUACCAUAACUUUUGUGCAAGCUGGAUUCUCCGAAGGUAAUAUGCCCUCGGAAACGGUGUCCAAGGUGCAUCUUGUCGACUUAGCUGGCAGUGAACGAGCAAAUGCGACGGGCGCAACUGGUCAACGAUUGAAGGAAGGUGCACAUAUCAACAAGUCCCUUGUGACUCUAGGUUCUGUGAUAUCGGCCCUGGCCGAAGUUAGCUGCAAUGAUUCAAAUAGUUCCAAGAGUAAAGUCUUUAUUCCCUAUCGUGACAGUGUUCUGACCUGGUUACUGAAGGAUUCUCUUGGUGGUAAUUCCAAGACAAUAAUGAUUGCCGCGAUCAGUCCUGCCGAUUGCAACUACGGAGAGACACUCAGUACCCUCAGAUACGCGAAUAGAGCCAAGAAUAUCAUCAACAAGCCGACAAUUAAUGAGGAUCCGAAUGUCAAGCUCAUCAGGGAGCUUAGGGCGGAAAUCGAGAAACUCAAAUCACAAAUUGGAAAGGACAUGAGUAUAGAGAGACCUCCGCAGAAUCUGCUCGCGCAAAUACACGAGAAACAGGAGCAAGAGAAAUUGCUGACGGAAGAAUGGGCGGAGAAGUGGCGAGAGACACAGCAAAUUCUCCAGGAACAACGAGCGUUGGGUUUGAGGAAAAGUGGAGUUGGCGUUGUUCUCGAUUCGGAGAUGCCGCAUUUGGUUGGAAUUGAUGACGAUCUAUUGAGCACUGGUGUGACGCUCUAUCACUUGAAAGAGGGAAAAACACUCGUAGGCACUGAGGAGGCAUCAAUAACACAGGAUAUUGUCCUAAAUGGCACCGAUGUCGAUCCGGAACAUUGCGUCCUGGAAUUGGAAGGCGGUGUCGCGACUCUACAUCCGCUUUCGUCACACUGCUGGAUCAAUACAGCUCAAGUCGACAAGGCCACGAGACUCUCGCAAGGUUGUAUCAUCCUCCUAGGAAGGAAUAAUAUGUUCCGCUAUAAUGACCCCGCGGAGGCUGCAAAAUUACGGAAGGAAGGCGGACUCGGUAAUGGCAAUCUUCAAUCGACCGUUGUCAAUCUCUCACGAUUGUCUCUACUCAGCUGGAGUGUUUCCGAUCUGCACGCCUCGUCAUCCAGCGACAAUUUACUUAAUUCCAGCGAGGAUCUACGAGCCUUCGAGGAACUCGAGCAACAAAAGGCUGCGUUGAUCAAAGAGAAGGAGGACUUCAAGAGAGAGCAAGAGGAGCGGGAGGAGCGAUGGGCUGCAAGACGUGAGGCAUUGGAAGAGGCGCAACGUGAAUUGGAGCGUGAAUGGGGUGCUCAGUGGCGAGAAUGGGCUGAGGGAAUUGCAGCAUUGGAAAGACGACAACGGGAACUAAGAAAUCGUCGUCACCACGUUGAACAAGAGCGACGCGAUGAGAUGACUCAAGUAGAAAGUUUGUGUAGGGAAGUCGCCUCUCUUCGCACCACACUUCAAUCCAAGCAUCGACAGUUUCAAGAAUUCAUGAACAAUCACAAUCGUUUGCAGAGACUGGAACGCCCUUGGAGCGAGACGGAUGAGGGAAUUGAAAAAAAUCGGAGUCUUCCAGAAUCGUGGUCGAGUUUCAAUGAGGAGAAGUCCUUGGAUGUGAUGCAAAAAUUAGCGAAUCAUCGUUCAUUUGAUGCCCUUUUCCAAAAAGAAUUGGCUGCAUUGGAGGCUGAAUUGCAAAAUAAAGUCCGAUCGUUGAAUGAACAUCAGAGCAAAUUGGAUCGAAUGGAGGAAGAACUUUUGGAAAUUACUGACAAGCAGAAGCAACUCGAUGUUUCCGAUGAAGGUGAAGAACUUUCGGAGAAGAAAAUUCUGCUGGCCAAAAGAUCGCAGGAGCAACUACAAGAAAUUUUGAAGAGAAAACAAAGUCUUUCGUUGAAUUUGAAAAGGUCAUUACCAGCAUCAUCGGAGGAGAGAUCGUCGUUAAGUGAAGAAAUGCUUUCAACGAGUGAUAUCAAAUCCUUUCAGGAUUCUUGCAAGCGUAAAUUGAAAUUGGCGACGGCUUUGAGCUUAAUUAAUCAGGAUGUACCAAGUUCGAUAGAUACGGUCGAAACAUUUCACACGGCAGCCGCCGAUUCUCCUCAAUUUCCCGGCUUGGAGAAUCAAAAUGGCACAAAGGAGAUGAAAACUGUUGAAUUAUCAUCCAAUGGAAGUAGCAGCGACACGGAUCUUGAUUUUCAAACCUCAACCAAUGAAAUACAAUUAUUCGGUCCUGAAAUUGAUGACAGUACUUUGUCAAUAUCAACGGCAACAACAGCGGCAAUUGGACAAAUUGAUAAAAAUUCCCUACGCAGCGAUAGUCGUCAGGAAUGCAGUACCGAUUGUGAUUUAACUGAGGACGAGAAAUAUUUUGAUGCUGAUGAUUUAUUGCUGGAUGAAAAUGAAGAAAUGAAAAUUAUAAACCAAAGAAUUGUUCGACAAAGAUUAUUAAUUACAAAGUGUAUGCAAUCAGGUCCACCAUCGAAUGAGGAAUUGAAUCGUCAAAUUGACAUUCUUCAGGAUCUGCGAAAACAACAGAUUGAACUCGAGAUUUCUUUGCUCGAUCAGAAACGAGGUGUUCGCGGUGAAAUUGAUAAAGGACUAAAAGGAAUUGAUAUUGAGAUGAAGGACGGAGGGGAAUUUGUCAAUUUAGAUGGAAUGAGAAAUAAUUCACAUGGAAGUGUUUCGAAUGCCUCAACGACCAUGGAUUCAAUUAUGUUUCAAAGCAGAUUAUCCGUUCCGAAUGACGAGGAAGCUGCGAGAUUGAUCGCGGCUAAAGUCACACCAAAUCGGGGAUAUUCUUCCGUUUAUCUCACAAGUUUGAAUCGAGGAGAUCGACUGAGCAGUCCGUACGCCUUGACAAUAACGAGAUCCCUGCCUUCGUUGAUAACAAACGAAAAUCUUGGCGAGAACGUGAUCGACAGGAUCAUAAGUGUGCCCUCAUAUGUUGUCCGAGGUGCAGGAACUUCCAGUCAUUAUGAAUACGAGGUUCGAGUGAUUGCUCAAGACGACAGUUGGACACUACUUCGACGUUAUCGAAGAUUUCGAGAACUUUAUACAACCAUGAGACAAAAAUAUGGAAGCAAGGUAACAGCAAUUCGAUUUCCACCACGACAAGUGUUUGCCAGGUACGAGGUCAUUGCCCGUCAGCGCCGAAAGAAAUUGGAAGAAUAUCUACGGAAAUUGAUUCAAGUUUGCUCGGAAAUACCGGAUUGCGAGGCUCUUUAUAAAUACAAUGGGAAUUUAGCUAAUAUCGAUAAGCAAUCUUUACUUGAAUUCAGCUCCUUUUUUCGAAAAGGAACAUUUGAAAGCAGUAAAUUUGGCACUAGCUAAAAUUUAUUUAUUGACUCAAAUGAGUCAUCAUCCUGUUUUUAAAACAGAAAAUUUAGGUACUUUUUUUUCUAUUUACUUAAUUAUUAUUUAUUUUUAUAUCGAUUUACAAGAACAAUUUUUUUUUAUUUAAAAUAAUUUUAUUCGUUCUUUUAAUGAUUUAUUUAUUUUUCUAACAGAAUACAUUUUUAGUUAGUUAGUAAUUUUUUGUUCGAAUAUUUUGAGUUGAGAACUGAGAGAAAAGAACGAAAAUGAACGUAAAUCUGAUAAAAAAUAUGCUCUUUUAAAAAGCAUUACAAAAUUCGCUAUAUUUUCUCAAAUUUAAAAUUUCUAAAAGCGAAUAUGAAUGAAGGGGAAAAAUUAAUUCUAAAAUCGUAAAAUACAUAUUCUAGGUACGAAUUAAAUAUAAUAGGUAAAUUCAAUAUAAUUGAAAAGAAUAUUUAGAAAAGAAAAAAAUUCGUAAUUACAAAAAGUGAAAUUAAUCACAUUCUCAUGAAAUAUCAGUAUUUAAUUAUAAGUUGGCACACAAAGGCAGGGAAAACUAAACAGAUUACCUCGAUCACGGAUUUAUUCUCUACUUUUUGUUAUAAUUUAGAUAUUUAAUUGUUACCUUUUAUUACUUUUUCUUUUCCGUCAUAAUGAUGAAAAAUUAUUUUUUAACACUCUGACUGAGGAACUUUGAUCUGGAAAAAUUUAUUUAUAUUCCAAUGUUUAUAUUGUUAUGUGUAAAACCUCUAACAUGUUAACCAAAUAGAUAAUUUGUUAUAAUUACAAAUUUUCGCAAAUUUCGCAUCUCUUAAUAGUUUUCUUAAAAAGAAAAAUGAGAUGUUAAAUUUAAAGCUGCGCUAAAAAUAUCAUUGUUGCAAAUUUUAUUUGCGUUUCAUAUAUUGUAUAUAUAUCAUCACGUUAACAAUAAUGUUUUUUAAAACUUGAUCAAUAUAAUAAUAAUAAUUUGGGGGACUAAAGAAUAUGAUCAAGAUUCGAGAAAACAGACCAUGAGGAAUUAAUAGAUAUAGCCAUAUUAUCAAUUUACUAGUUAUUCAAAUUUAGAAGAAAAGUAUACAAGUAGAAAAAAAUUCUGUCAAAAAAGAAAAUCACAAUUUAAUUUUCUAACCAAUUAUUUUUCCAAAAAAGAGGAAACAAAAAUUAAUAUCACAGUUAAAACUGGAAAUAUAUUUAUAUCGAUAAAACCGCAUAUCGCAUAUUAUUAUAGAAAAAAAAAACUAUUUAAUCAGUUGGAAUUGAGGCUGUGUAAACUAUAAAAAAAAGGCUUAAUGGACCUCAUUGUUGUCGAGAAUCCUAAAAAAGUAGGCUUUUAGUAAAUUUUGUAGUUUUUAAUAAUUAUGUUACUUCGUUUAAAACGUUUAUACGACUUUAAAUAACUAGAAUAUAUUCAUAAAUUGCAAAAAAAAGCCAAGAAAUUGUACAUAUCGUGAAAUAAACAUUCUUUUUAGCUUUAAAA